UGGUUCCGAUUUAAAUAAGCAUUAAAUCGAUUAAGUGAAUAUCCUAUUACUUAUGUAUUCUAAUCCGGUUUAAUCGAUAUAAUAUUAUCGUUUUAAAUCGAUUUUAAUGCCAUCAAUAUAUUACACACGCAACAGCCUGAAUAUAAUCGCUUUUAAAUGUAAAACGCAGGAUAAAGAUAUAGACUCGAAAUCGAUUCAUUUUUUGUCCAUGGAUGUCAAUCGCAUAUUUUUAGCAGGGUACCCGCAAUUUUACGUGGGCUGGAUACCGCUGUCGAUUAUGACGUAGGAACGAACUUGGCACGAAUGAUGGAGAAUCAGAACUAUAUAUUACUACAUGGUGCACCUAGGGAGGGGAGGGGGAAUUGGAAUUUUCUAGCGAGCCUUUAGUGACUUUGACUCUAGUUCAAGCAUCAUCUUAGACAGAAAAAGCCACUUUCUCCUUGUUACCCAUCAUACCUUUUUAACUACGUUAUUGAUUAGUCUGAAGUCCUUCGUGACCAUAUGUUGCGCUUUGUUUGGUUUAGGCAUGAACGCCAGCUUUGUCAGUCGCUAUUCUUUCGACACAUACCCUAGUGCCAGGCAUGCUUGAUAUAAUUUCUUCAGGGCCUGUGUUAGUAUGUUGAUGCCUCGCUGCAGUAGUGUCAGGAAAAUAUCAUUCGGACCUGUAACUUCGUAAGGCUCGAACAAACUUCUUGCUCACCUUAUCCUUGCUAUCUGUCUGCGUAACUUUAACUUUAUUGUAUUUCUUGCGAAGUCGUCGUCAGUAUAUAGUUGUUUCAGGGAGAUCGACGGAGUAUGUGACUUUUUAAAAUAUUAUUUAUACUUUGGAUUUCAAAGCGAUCCUAAGCUAAGGUGCCAAUUCACUUAUCUCGUCACUACACAGUCGAUAGUAGACGAUAUUGAGGCUAAGAAGGAACGAGGUCGUUUAAAAUACAUUAGUACCAAAUGUUUAGAGUCGGAGUCUAGUUUUGACGAAAGGAUUGAUUCUCCAAAUUUGACUGCAAAAGAAAUACAGAAAAAAAGGAAUGAAGUUAGGUGAAAAUUACAACUGUCCUAUGUUUAUUGAUGUGCCAAAUGAUAUAAGGAUUCCCAACGUUGUGCUUGAAAAAAUAGAUUUAUCGAAACACAGUCAAAUUUCUUUGCAAGAAACAUCGUCACAAGGAUCUCAGUCACGUCAUAGAUUACUGUCGCAUCGUCAAUCACAGUCACGGCAUAGGUCAAGGUCACGUCAAAGAUCACUGUCGGGUCAAAAGUCUAAGUCAUGUCACAGGUCACAAUCGCGUGGUAGGUCAAAGUCACGUCGUCGGUCACGGUCACGUCAAAAAUCUAUGUCACGUCGUCGAUCACUAUCGCGUCAAAAGUCUAAGUCAAGUCACAGAUCACAAUCGCGUGGUAGGUCAAUGUCACGUCGUCGAUCACUGUCGCGUGAAAAGUCUAGGUCACGUCACAGGUCACAAUCACGUAGUAGGUCAACGUCACAUUGUCGGUCACAAUCCCGUCAUAAGUCACAAUUACGUAGUAAGUUUCUGUCACAUCGUAGAUCCGAGUUGCAUAAUACUUCACUAUUUCGUAAUCAUUCACUAUUACAUAAUACGUCGCUGCAACUCCAUGCAUUGCAGUCAUCUACAAGAUCUGAGCCAGGAAAAGAAAUAUCAACGGUGCAACCAACAUUACAAACAGUAGAAACUAAUAACACUGAAGAAUUGUCACCUUUAAAUGAACAGUCGCCUAAACAUGCCUCAAAAGAGCCACCUCCACGCAAUAACGAAGAUAUAGCAGACACUAUUAACAGUGAAGAAUGGUCACCUUACAAUGAACAUUUGCUUGAAGAUUUCUCAGUAGCGCCACCUCCACGCGAUAAGUCUCCGUCACGUGUUAGGUCACUGUCACGUCAAAAGUCUAAGUCACUUAGUAGGUCAAAAUCGCGUAGAUCAAAAUUGCGUACCAAGUCAAAAUCGCGUACUAAGUCAAAAUCGCGUAGUAGGUCAAAGUCACAGCGUAGGUCACGGUCACGUCGUCGGUCACAGUCACGGCGUAGAUCACGGUCACGUCAAAAAUCUAGGUCACGUCGUAGGUCAUUGUCGCGUCAAAAGUCUAGAUCACAGCACAGGUCACAAUCGCGUCAUAGGUCAAGGUCACGUCGUCGGUCUCAGUCACGGCGUAGAUCACGUGCUAGUCACAGAUCACAGUCCAGUUUAGUACUACGAGAAAUACAAGAAAAUCUGCAAAACGAGCUUCCUAAAAAUCGCCAACAUUUAAAAAUGCACGAGUUCAUACGAAACUGUAUUACGUAUUAUGAAGCAAAAGAUGGACAUGGAUAUAAUGAAAGACGACGAAGAUAUGAUAAAUUGGAUAAUGAUACUAUUUAUCUUGGAGAAGGAAUAGUUGUCCGAACUUUGACUUGGGAAGUAUUACAAUUACAGAAGCCAAGCGUAUUUUUAAUAAACUUAGCCUUAAAUAUAUGGGAAGAAGAGGACCUGUGUAACAGAUCAUUAGAUAUUUCAAAAGUUGUAUCAAACAUCCCAUCACGUUCACCUGUAAAACUUAUCCAACAACAUCUUCUACGCUUACUAAUCAGCUUGUAUGCAGAUUUUUUAAUACGGCAGUCAUGUACAUCUCACGAUAGAGUAGCGUAUUUAUUAAACGCAACUUACGUUCUUAGACAUAAGAUAAGAAACUUACGUGCUGAAGAAAAGAAAAGAAAAAACACAGAAAAUCCUGUAGUUCCUAGUCGUAGAAAACUGCGUUACAAUCAGAUUUAGAUCACUGCUGCAUCCUUUGUUUUUUUUUUUAAAUGUUAAUUUUUAGAAAAAAAAAUAAUUACUUUUUUACAAUCAAAAAUUUAAAUACAAACUUAUUUUGUUUUGCUUCAUUAUAAGGAACAAUACAUUUUCUAGAUUAUAAAUGUUCACUAGUUAUAAUGUUAGCUUUUAUGAUUAAACUAAAAAAUGAUUUAAUUUAUUGAAUGCAAUCAUACGUUAAAAUAAA